AUGCGGCAGCGGCGCAUGCGCAGCUCGGCGCGGCGUGCCUCCCUUCCGGCCGCCAUCUCGCUCCCGGCCGCGUGCUGUGCCCGGACCCGCGCCCCGCCCGCUCCGAUCCCGCCGCUCCGACAGCGCUACGCCCGCUCCGGGAAGAUGAAAGAGACCAUCAUGAACCAGGAGAAGCUCGCCAAGCUCCAAGCGCAAGUGCGCAUCGGCGGCAAGGGUACUGCCCGUAGGAAGAAGAAGGUUGUCCAUAGAACAGCCACAGCAGAUGAUAAGAAACUUCAGUUUUCUUUAAAGAAACUUGGAGUCAACAAUAUUUCUGGCAUUGAAGAGGUAAAUAUGUUUACCAACCAAGGAACAGUUAUUCACUUCAAUAAUCCUAAAGUUCAGGCAUCUCUGGCUGCUAACACUUUCACUAUCACUGGCCAUGCUGAAACAAAGCAGCUGACAGAAAUGCUUCCUAGUAUCUUAAAUCAGCUUGGAGCUGACAGUCUGACCAGCCUGAGGAGAUUGGCAGAAGCCUUACCCAAGCAACCUGUGGAUGGAAAAGCACCUCUUGCUACUGGUGAAGAUGAUGAUGAUGAAGUUCCAGAUCUUGUUGAAAACUUUGAUGAAGCUUCAAAGAACGAAGCAAACUGAAAUAAAUUUUACUUUCUGAAUAAACUUAAAACUUGAAAAAGCUA